AGUUUUGUGAAGAGAGAAAUGCGUAACAAAGGGUAAUUUUUAACAGAAAUUUUAUGCUGUCCAUUUUCAAAAAAAUUAACUAAACAUUUAUAAAUUAUAAAACUCAGUUAAAAUUGAAGAAACGGACUUGUAGAUGGUGGAUGAUAAAGAGCCCAGUCUCUGGAAUUGGGGAACAGUUUCUGGGAGAAGAUCCCAACCCUUUUGCUCCACAGGGGUUUUGUUCGCAAGAGGCUGCUUUGGUGUUUCUUCAUUCUCAUAACUGCUUAAAUUUUAGCGGGUCAAAAUUUCCUUGGGAAAGUUGCUCUUGUAAUGGAUAUAAUCUCUCAGUUACAAGAACAGGUUAACUUGACAGCGCAUUUAGCUUUUAAUACUCUUGGUACAUUGCAAAGGGAUGCCCCUCCUAAUAGGCUAUCGCCAAAUUAUCCUGAACCACCCGCGCAUCCAACGGAGGAUGGGGCAAAUUUUUCUGAACAGCCAAAGCAGAUGAGUGCUGCUUUGGUGAAGGCUGCUAAGCAGUUUGAUGCUUUGGUUGCAGCGCUUCCAAUAUCUGAGUCAGGUGAAGAAGCACAGCUUAAGAGGAUUGCUGAACUACAAGCUGAAAAUGAUGCAGUAGGCCAAGAACUUCAGAAGCAAUUGGAAGCUGCAGAGAAGGAAUUAAAUCAGGUUCAGGAUCUGUUUAGGCAAGCAUCAGAUAAUUGUUUGAACUUGAAGAAACCAGAUGUCAAUUAGUUACUUGUGUUCCUGGCAAGGUCAGAGACGAAUUAGGCUACAACUUAGAACUAUCUUAUCUUGACACAAAGCGGUGCCUGCUGCAGGAGGAUUUUCCUUAUUUGCAUGAAGUCUUGGCUGCCUGAAAUAGCAGUAUUAUUUCAUAUGUUGUAACUUGUGCAUGACACAUACGUUUGCAGAAUCUGCGUAACGGUCAAGAUAGUGGUAAUUAUAUUGUUCCUCCCGAAGGAAAGGCUUAUAUUCAUGUUAGGUGUUUUCAUUAAUACCAUCUUUGUUCACGUAAGUUCCACAAAGUAGACAUUUUGUAGUGUGAUAAUUUGUGAGUGAGUGUAAUUGUGUGAUUUAAGUAUCAUAUACUGAGUAAAGUCAUGCAUAAAAAAGAAGAAACUUAGAACAUAUUAGUACUUGAUAUGUUGCC